AUGUCAAAGCAGCCUCCAGAGCCCGAAAAACUCAAGUUCUCUUUGAGAUGCCUCCCUUGUUUUCAAGGGCCUAUCAAGACAGAAGAGGGUGAACCAAUGGUGGUAGGAACAUAUAACGACUUAGUUUUAUGUUGUGCAACCAUGCGUUUUCAACGGGAUUACUACAUUUGCAAUGCAUACACCAAGCAGUGGGAAGCUCUUCCUUCUCCUCCUCAAUGCCACGAGGAAGUAGGUGUUGGAUUCAUCUGUGAUCCCUACUAUAAGGAAUGCAAGGAAGAUGCUGACCAAAGAAAAGAAGAAACUAGUACUAGUAAAGCAUCAUUCCAUGUUGAUACUGAGUAUAGGUACAGGGUUGUGCGUAUAAUUCCUGAAUCUCCCGGGGGUUCCGUCCAAUUCAAAGCAGAGAUUUUCUCUUCUGAGACUGGUAAAUGGACAGAAACAAUUGUGUUAUGCCCAAGAAGUUUCUAUCUGGAUGUAAGACAUGAAGGCGUUGCUUACAAUGGAAUGUUGUACUGGAUGAGCAGUAGUGCUGGCUCUAUUAUUGGUUUGGAUCCCUAUUCAAACAAUAAUGUUGAUAAAAAAUAUAACUGUCGUUUCAUUGAUAAGCCUGAAGAUGAUCAGGUCCCUGUCACUGCAACAUUUGAUCUCCUGAGUGUGUGUAGAGUUGGAGGAGGAGGAGAGCGUCUGCGAAUGUGCCAGUUCAGCGGAAAUAAUGAAGAUAGAGUCGUGGAUCAGCUGAGUGUUUGGGAGUUGAAAGAUGAUCAGGUUGAUAACGAUAGCAAUUGGCUUUUAGUACGCAGAAUUUCCCUGAACGGGAUGUUUUCACAAAAUCCAGUGAUCAGGAAAUGGAGAGAUCAGGGCUGCUGGCACGAUGAGAUAAUGUUGCUUGCUUUCGACCCAAAUGAUGAUGAUAUCUUGUAUGUAGAUUUUAUUGGACACGUUGUCAUGUUCAACAUUAACGGUGAAGGAUGGAUAAUGCGUUAUUUGAACACUCCGCUUAAUUAUGGUACAAUUCAGAAUCACCGUAGGAGAGCUGUCUACCCAUUUGCGAUCCCAUGGUGGCCGACACCAGUUACUACUAGACAAAAACAGAGCUUUAACGCGUAUCAUUGGGAUUUUUAG